UUUCGACGUUUCCGUGUCCGGUGGACAUAUUGCUUACAGGAGCAAAUUCUCGACAGCUAGAAGUGGGAAAGGGUUUAAAAUUAAUUUACAUCGUCACCACUUGAUACAGUCAAACUACACAGGACAUCAUGGAGCCGUCAGCCAGUCCGGCCAAGGAUAACUACAGGAUGAACCGCUACAAGAACAAAGCACUGAACCCAGAAGAGAUGAGGCGCCGGAGAGAGGAGGAGGGCAUCCAACUCAGGAAACAGAAACGAGAGCAGCAGCUUUUCAAGAGGAGGAAUGUGGAUAUUCUCAAUGAAGAGGAAGCCAUGUUUGAGAGUCCACUGGUUGACUCUUACCUCAGCUCUCCAGUAACGGAAGGAGUUAUUACCAGAGACAUGGUUGAGAUGCUUUUCUCAGAGGACCCAGAGCUUCAGCUCGCCACAACACAAAAGUUCCGAAAACUACUUUCCAAAGAGCCUAACCCACCAAUUGAUGAAGUCAUAAACACACCUGGAGUAGUGGAGAGGUUUGUGGAGUUUCUGAAGAAGAGCGUCAACUGCACACUACAGUUUGAAGCCGCUUGGGCACUGACCAACAUAGCAUCAGGAACAUUGCAGACAAAGACGGUGAUUGAGGCCGGAGCAGUGCCGAUCUUCAUAGAGCUGCUUAACUCCGACUUUGAGGAUGUCCAAGAACAAGCUGUGUGGGCCUUGGGUAAUAUUGCAGGGGAUAGUGCAGUGUGCAGGGACUAUGUGCUGAACUGCAACAUCCUUCCACCACUAUUAAUGCUUCUGACCAAAUCCACUAGAUUGACCAUGACAAGGAAUGCAGUGUGGGCUCUGUCUAAUCUCUGUAGAGGAAAAAACCCGCCACCUGCUUUUGAAAAGGUGUCACCCUGUCUGCCAGUGCUGUCCAGGCUUUUAUUUAGCAGUGACCCAGACUUGCUGGCAGAUGCCUGCUGGGCUCUGUCCUACCUCUCAGAUGGCCCCAACGACAAGAUCCAGGCUGUCAUUGACUCUGGUGUCUGCCGGCGCCUUGUAGAACUACUCAUGCACACUGACUAUAAGGUGGCCUCCCCUGCCUUGAGAGCUGUCGGAAACAUUGUCACUGGAGAUGACAUCCCAAACACAGGUGAGAAUAAAGUGGUGUUGAACUGCUCAGCCCUGCCCUGUCUGCUGCACCUUCUUAGCAGCGCUAAAGAGUCCAUCCGCAAAGAGGCAUGCUGGACCAUCUCAAACAUUACAGCAGGAAACAGAGCACAACUGCAGACGGUAAUAGAUGCCAACAUCUUCCCAGUACUGAUCGACAUUCUACAGAAAGCUGAAUUCAGAACCAGGAAAGAGGCUGCCUGGGCCAUCACCAACGCCACAUCUGGAGGAACACCAGAACAGAUCAGAUAUCUGGUGAACCUGGGCUGCAUUAAGCCGCUGUGUGACUUGCUGACCGUGAUGGAUUCUAAGAUUGUUCAGGUCGCUCUCAACGGCCUUGAAAACAUCUUGAGGCUGGGCGAGCAGGAGGCCAAGCAGGAGAACAACGGCACCGGAGUUAAUCCUUACUGCAGCCUCAUUGAAGAAGCUUAUGGUCUCGACAAGAUAGAGUUCCUCCAGAGCCACGACAACCAGGAGAUCUACCAGAAGGCCUUCGACCUCAUCGAGCACUACUUCGGGGUGGAGGACGAGGACAGCAGUCUCGCUCCUCAGGUGGACCAGGCCAACCAGCAGUUCCUCUUCCCCCAGCAGGAGGCCCCCAUGGAGGGCUUCCAGCUAUAAGUCAGCAGCCCCCUCCUCUAAAAUGCACCACUUUCCCCCCUCUAUACCUUCCCAUCCCUUGGAGGGGCCCUAGAUGCCUGAGUCAUACCACCAUGCCCACUUACCUGGUCCGCCACCACCAUCGUCCCAAAAACACACACCCCCACCCUAGGAGGAAAGCUAAAACUGUCCGCUGUCCAGCCUAAAAAUGCCCAUCUUUCUUCAUUCAUCCAGCCAGUGGACCGACUUCUUGCGGGGCAGACUCUUGUGUUUCCCGGCCAAAGGGAGCACGCCACACAAACUCCAUUACGUUCAGAAGAUGAACCACCUCAUAGCCCAAUGUGCGAGUCUGCCCUGGCUUCAAACGCACACACAGGCAUCUUCCUGCCAUUUGAUAUCUCUUAGAUUCUCUCAUUGGCAGUAAUGGUGGUUUGUUGGUAAAUGUCUUUUAUAUACACUUUAAUUUCUUUUCCAAUGGGACAUUCCUCUUUUUAGGAUUCCCCAUGCAUUCCCAUGCAGAUUCUACAGACUGGGGUGCACGGGGUGAAAUAUGCCCAGCUCUUGAUGUCACUCUGACUUAGUGCAAUUCAUCAAAAAAAAAAACAACUUGUGAUCCCUUUUUAGUUGAAUAACUAUUUCCCCCCCCCAAUCCUUAUUUAUCUGCUCUGUUUUUAGUGCUUGUGAUUUUUUUUUUCGUUCCUUUUCUUGGAUGGAAUGCGCUUGGCUUGCUACCAAGAGGAACCCUGAUGAGUGCGCUGAGGGCUGGUCUCUGCAUAUCUGCUGGUGGGGGAAACAAAAUAUAGAGUUUAGAUGCAUAAAUGUCCACCCAGAGAUGCCCUGAGUCUGAUGCCCAAGCUAAGAAGUGUGAUCUUUUUUUUUCCUCUCUCCCUCUCUCUCUCCAUCAACAUUUUAUAAGGGGGGAAAUUUGUUGGGGGAGGGAAUGGGUGGGAAGAAGUGUGAAACUUCAGAAAACAGAAUAAUCUAAACUUAGGAAGGGCUCUGAAUGGGAUAUUGGUGAAUGGGAUAUUGUGAAGGGGACUGGGCUUUUAGAGGAUAGGUUAAAAGGUUAAAAAAAAAAAUCGAGGGUGGAAUAGUUAGAGAUCCAAUGUUCGUCGUGUGCUGGUUAUUAAUAACGAUACAUUUGAAUUAUGAAGUGAUCUAACUAUUAAACGAGGCAUAGUUGGGGAUUUAGGUGCGAGAGGAAGCCAGCGGUGGUAGCAGCAGCAGCAGCAAACCAAACUUAUUUUUAUAUUUAAAUACGUUCAAAGGACGGCAGAUGUUUAAAAGUAGGGCGACAUACCUCUCGGAGUCAUGGAAAUUGCAUAGGACGCGGCGUUUCUGAUUUUGUCAUUUCACUGAACCCUAGUUUAAACGGGUUGCUGCUGGGUCGCUACGCCCCGUGCCCCCCUUUCCCCUCCCCAGCUGUAUGCGGUAGGGUUUUGCAUGGUGUUUUAUUACCCUGCCUACUGUCACUGAGUAUCCCUGGCCAAACACAGCUGGCGCAGACGGAGAACAGUGUGAAGGGAACACUGCGAGACAUUACGCUUGCUGGGCGUCGCUCUUAUACACCAUUUGGGAUCGAAAGCAGGAACGGGGCUGUAACGAAUUGGUUUGGUGGCGUUAACAGUGAUCGUGUGGUGAUGGUGUUCUGUAUAGUGGUAGAGUUGAUCUAUAACCAUGGCAUUUUGUAUCACUAUAUUUUGAAGUAUGGGGAUGACGGCUGAUAAUGACAUUGCAUGGGUCCAUUGUGAUUUGUAUAGGUAUUGAUGUAAAUAGCCAAGAAAAGUCUGUGCGGCUUCUUGUCCCCUCGGGGUCUAGUAACAAUCAGAGUUUGGCUAGGGAUAUAUCAGAGAUAAGUGACAAGCCUAACUGCCAACAAAAAUUCAAGUAUGAGUCUAUAUUUGAAUUUUGUGUAUUUGCAUAUAUAUAUAGAUAUAUAUAUUUGCGCACACUUCAUGCACACUUGCAUACAACACCAGCAGACACUGUACACACACCUCACACAGAUGAGUGGGCUAGCAGCAAGUAAAAUAGUUUCCAUAAUCUUUGGUUUCAAAUAGUGAUUCUUUUCGUUUUAUUUUUGAAGCUCACUUCUUUCCAAAUUGUGAAAAUAGCCACUUGGGCUGUUGUUUUUGUUUCUGAGCACAUAUUCCAUUUUCUUUAUUUUGAAAAGUGUCGCCCUUGGUUCCGUUUAUAAUUGAGACAGUUUUCUGUUUUGAUUGAGACAAUGAAAAGGGAUGCUUCUUGAAGUCAGAAGCAUCUUUUUGGAAACUUUUUUUGUUGUUUCUAGCCACAUGACUUAUGAUGGCCAAUUCGGUCGUGCGGACCUUGACCUGGGAUUGAAGCCGGUCUCAGGUCAGUGUUCAGGCUUUGUGGAUGGAGCAGAAACUGUGGUCGUGUGAUGUUUGACUGACGGGCACUGUGUGAGGGAGAGGUUGAUUGACUCUAUGGACUAUGUCCCAAUCAAGUCUGGGAGCCCCUGUUCUGUGGAUUACUGAUGUAGCCCUCACACGAAAUUAACGAAGUUUCUCCUCGCAAAAAUAUGACUGGAUCAGUCUGCUGAAUAUUGUGUGUUCUUUUUUGACAAAAAAAAAAAAACCCUUUGUCUUGUUGAGAGCAUGUAUUGGGUGCAGCAGUGUCUAUUAUUUCCAUAUGCUAAUAUUACACAAGCCGUCGACUUGAGUGCAUAAUGUCCUGGUCUGAGAUGUUAUUACUUGCAGUGGUUCAAGCAUUAAUUCACAGAUGAGUACGUGAUUUUUAGGAGACUGUCCUUUGUCAUGAGUUUGAGAUGUUAUCCACAGAAACACGCGUGCUCCCGGUAGACAUAAGAGGUCAAUCAU